CCGACACAUCAACGACCAUUGCUUCCAACUUCAGCUCUCAGCCAUGGAGCCCGGCUGCAGAGGCAGAACCCUCUACCCUGCUCUGGGCAUUCUGUCGAUCCUCUUCUUCUUCUACCUCAACUCGGACCUCCCCAGCUUCAGCUUCCCGGCGCUGUGGCUCCCCACAAUGGGAUUCGUCGGAACGAAUUCGACCCACUUCGUCGAAGCCGAGGGUCAGCUCCAGUCAACGCUGUACGUCAAUGGGUGGAACUCGUACUGGCUGAUGGAGGAGAGCGUGUGGGGAAACUCGCGGCGCAGGGUGUCGAAGAUGCUCAGGAAGGGGGCGGAGAUGGGGAUGACCGUCUGCCGGACGUGGGCCUUCAGCGACGGCGGGGACGGGGCCGCCGCCUUGCAGACCUCCCCGGGCGUCUUCAAUGAGCGGGUCUUUAAGGGACUUGAUUAUGUUAUAGUUGAAGCACGAAGGAACCGUGUAAGACUGAUUCUAAGCUUAGUGAAUAACUUGGAUGCAUAUGGUGGUAAGGCUCAGUAUGUCCGGUGGGCGAGAGAAGCUGGACUGAAUGUCUCUUCAACCGAUUCCUUCUUCGCACAUCCUACUAUAAAGGAUUAUUACAAGGCCUACAUCAAGGCAAUUGUGACAAGGAAAAACUCUUUAAGUGGAGUUCGUUAUUUUGCCGAACCUGCUAUAUUUGCCUGGGAGCUGAUGAACGAACCGCGUUGUUCAUCGAGUUCAUCCUCCCCCAUCCUUCAGGCUUGGAUUACCGAGAUGGCUGCAUUUAUUAAGAGCUUGGACCCAAAACACCUUGUGACAGUUGGUACUGAGGGAUUUUAUGGGUCUGCCACUGCCACAGGAGGAAAACUGGGAGUAAAUCCUGGUGAAUGGGCGGCUUCACUUGGAACCGACUUUCUACAGAAUUCAGCCAUCAAGGACAUAGAUUUUGCCUCCGUUCAUGCAUACCCUGAUAGCUGGAUCCCGAAGGCAGAUUUGGAAGCGAAAGUGAAGUAUCUCUCGCAAUGGGUGGAUUCUCAUAUAAAAGAUGGGGACAACACAUUAAAGAAGCCCGUUUUGUUUACUGAAGUUGGAUCCUCCUUGCAUGAUACCAAAGGAGUAUAUGAGAGAGAGGUUUUCUUGAAGACAAUCUAUGACAAAGUAUAUGACUCUGCUAAGAAGAGGCAAGCAGGAGCAGGAGCCCUGAUCUGGCAGUUGCUGGUGGAAGACAUCGGAAGAUAUGGUGACCGAUUCUCUCUGGUGGCCUGGCAUCAUCCUUCCACGUACAACUUGAUCCAAAAGCAAUCAUGCAAGUUAAGGAGUCUCUUUGCAACUAAAAGUGACAGAAGUAAGAAAUUGCGCAAGAGUGAUCCUUGCUUUGAUCAUGGGUCUUGAUAAGACAUGUCAGAUGGAUUGAACAUCAUGCAGAUCAAGUUACGAGUUUGAUGCUCAUGGGGUUUCCCAUAGGGUUCCAAUGGGUCUAAGUGCUUGCAUAAAUCUACAUAUUGUUAUAGUCAAAGUCAGCCGAGCAAGUAGGAUGAACCAGCUAACUCUAUGUGGUUCCCAGUGGUCAUUGAGUUGCAUAUGGGUCAUGUGCACAGUGCGUAGCCAUGAACUAAUACGGCACAUGGUGAAGCCAACUAUUUCGUCUGGUUAAUUAUGACAACUACGAGGUAGAUGGAUAUCAAAUCUGAUUUUGAUGAGGAUUUUGACUAGAAUUUGGGAAGUUACUUUGUCUGCAGGGGAAGGAUCUUGAUGUUCUCGGCUGCAAGGAAAGGCUUACAGACAAAAAGUCUGCGGAAUCUGCCGGAUGCAUGUGUAUAGAACGUUAUAGAGUUGAAAUACGCAAUACGAGUUUCUGUAGUUAGGAAAAGUUAAGAGUUCGAAGCUUGCUGAUAAGUUAUGUAUAAUAGGUAAUGAUUUGUACUGCGGCCUUGCUUACUUCCUUCUCCGUUGACAUUCUUUUGUAGAUCUUACUAGCAAGUUUCCACUGCAUCUGAUUCUCAAGGAAUCGAUGGAAUAGGAGCUUGUACCUGGGCUGGAUAGGCUUCGGCUUCUAAUAGAAACAAUUUUGUUCAUUGAUUUGGUCCAUUUGCCAUGUAAACUAAUUGUUUCAUCGAACUGGCAGGUUCUACGUCGAUCUAACUUUCUUAAUUCUUA